AUGGCCGAAACUGCAAUUGACUUUCCUUACCUAUCAUCACAUUUCUCUUUGUCUGAGACCGCCCUUUCAUCACUCGUUGAGGCUCCCACGGCUGGCCUCAUCAACCAGCUUCUUCAAUCCAUUACAACAAAGGCGCACGAAUACGACGAGCUCAAGUCUGAUAAGCUCCGUUUGGAGGUCGAGCUUGAGAAUGCAGUGCGUAGUAACGAGUCUAAGAUCAAGGUGCUGAAAGGGACAGUGGAGAAGGGUCAUACUGAAGUUGAAGAUUUACGAAAGAAACUUCACGAAGCUGAAACGACAUGCUCUACACUAGAAGCUGAGAUUUCGACUCUCAAAUCAUCCUCCACCUCCAACGAGGGCGAAGUGAGCUCCUUGAAAUCGCGCAUCUCCUCCCUCGAAGAAUCAAACCGCGACACACUCCGUUUACUAGAGUCCAAAUCCAGUGCACAUGACAAACUCGCCGAGGAGCUGUCUUCACAGCACAAGAAGACCAUCGAACUACGCCGCGAACUUUCGACCGCCGAACAGAAUCUUCAAAACGCCAACUCUGCAUCCGCUAGUGCACGGUUCCGCGAACAAAGCCUUCAACAAGAGCUGGAUCUUACCAAGAAAAACAACGAAUGGUUUGAGACUGAAUUGAAGACUAAGAACGCCGACCACAUCAAGUUCCGAAAGGAGAAGAACGCCCGUAUCUCUGAGCUUCAACGUGAAAAUGAGGAGACCAACUCUACCAUUGAUGCGCUACGCCGCAGCGAAAAUUCGUUGAAGAGUCGACUGGACGAAACCGAGCAGCGAUACGAAGAAUCUUUGUCAAGCAUUCAACAAUUGAAGGAGGAGGCUAUCCAGGCGGCAGAAUCUUUCCGCAAUGAGCUCGACAGCGCCAAUCGACUUGCUGAGCUCCAAGGCUCUGCUGCACAGAACGCCAAGCAGCGUGCCCAAGAAUGUCAACUGUCUUUGGAGAAGGCCACUGCUGAUGCAGCUGAAGAAAUUUCUCGCCUACGCAUUGAGAUUGAGUCUGAACAUAAUGAUAAGGAGGCCGCUGAGCGUCGUGUUGCCGAGCUUGAGUUGAACAUCUCUCAACUUGAAUCUGAGGGUGCUCGAAACCGUUCUAUGAGCCCUGCCAGGUCCAUCAAUGGCAUGGCGCCUUCUACGCCUAUGCGACCUGGAACCCCAGGAAGCACCUUCACUCCACGAGCCUCCCGAACUAAGGGAGGGCUUACACUCACUCAGAUGUACACUGAAUACGACAAGAUGCGAUCCUUGCUUGCAGCUGAGCAACGCGCUAGCCAAGAAUUGCGCUCGACUCUUGACGAGAUGGUCCAAGAGCUUGAAUCGAGCAAGCCAGAGAUCGACGAACUGCGUGCGGAUCACAGCCGUCUUGAGCAUGCUGUGAUGGAGAUGUCUCAACUUCUUGAAUCAUCGGGCAAGGAGCGUGAUGAGGCAACGAAGGAAGCAAGAAGAUGGCAGGGCCAGGUGGAAGGAUUGGCUCGUGAAGGUGACAUUCUGCGUCAACAGCUCCGGGAUCUGAGCUCUCAAGUCAAGGUCCUCGUUCUCGAAGUAGCAGUUUCCAAGCAAGGCGAAGACUAUGAUCGUGAGGAACUUGAAAAGAUCGCUCGCCAGGAGAUUGAAGAGUCAUCGGUCGACUUGAACUCAACUGGCCGUUUCAUUAGCCAGCACUUGACCACUUUCAAAGAUCUCCACGAUCUCCAAGAGCAAAACGUCACUCUUCGUCGUAUGCUCCGAGAACUAGGCGACAAGAUGGAGGGUGAAGAGGCCCAGGUUAAGAGUGCCACACGACAGAAAGAGGCAGAAGAGCUCAAGGACCUCCGUGUCCGCGUGCAGACUUACCGUGACGAAGUUGCCAACCUCUUAGCUCAAUCUAAGAGCUACGUUAAGGAGCGUGAUACAUUCCGCAGUAUGCUGAUGCACCGAAGACAAAAUAUCGGUGAUAAUUCCGUACUAUCUCAGUCAAUGCCUCUUGGCGCUGUUCCUCCGGCCAUCUCUGAGAGUCAAGCGAAAGACUCGACUGAUUAUGCUGAUUUAUUGCGCAAGGUUCAAGCACACUUUGACACCUUCCGCGAGGAAACAGCUACAGACCACAAGGCUUUGCGCCAGCAAGUCAACGAAAUUUCGCGCAAGAAUAGCGAGCUCUUGAGCGAGGUCAGCCGAUCUAACAGCCAGCUUGCUGCUGCUUCUCAGAGAGCCGAGCUCCUUCAAAGCAACUUUAACAUGCUUAAGACCGAAAAUAGCGACCUUUCUAAGCGCUACUCGACCUUAUUCGAAAACGCCAACCGUCAAGAUCUUCGCACCCAGCAGGCUGCUGAAGACUUAGUUGAAGCUAAGGGCUUAGUCGAUAGUCUGCAAAGGGAGAACGCAAACUUGAAGGCUGAAAAGGAUCUUUGGAAGAAUAUCGAAAAGAGAUUGAUUGAGGAUGCAGAGAAUUUGCGCAAUGAGCGUAGCCGACUGGAUUCCUUGAACGCCAACCUUCAGACAAUCCUCAAUGAGCGUGAACAUGCAGACAGUGAUACGCGCCGCAGACUCCAAUCUAGUGUGGAAACUUUGGAAUCUGAAUUGCAGGCGACUAAACGGAAGUUGAAUGAUGAGAUGGAAGAGUCGAAGAAGGCCUCUAUGCGUCGUGAAUAUGACCACGAACAAAGUCAAAAACGAAUUGAUGAUCUGGUGACUAGUCUCAGCUCAGUCAGAGAGGAAUUAGUUGCUAUCAAGACCACUCGUGAUCAUCUACAGUCACGCGUGGACGAGCUUACUGUCGAGCUCAAGAGUGCCGAAGAGCGUCUUUCAGUUAUUCAAUCGCGCCCUAGCGUAUCUGCUGCCCCAGCCGAGGCUCCCGAUGCUACCCAAGAAUCAGCGGAUGGCAGUGGUCUGACUCGUGAGCAAGAACUCGCAAUUGAGGUCUCUGAACUCAAGCGUGACCUCGACCUUGCCAAGAAUGAGCUGGCUCACGCGAAAGAGCAAGCUGAGGAAUAUAGAAGUAUCAGCCAAUCAACCGAAGAGCGCAUGGAGGCGGAAGCCGAAACUAACGCACUCUACCGAGAGGAAACCGACCGCCUCAUUGAAGAGAAGGAUAAGAAGAUCCAGGAUCUUGAGACUCGGAUCGAGGAGAUCUCCCAAGAGCUUUCAACUACCAGCACCGAGAUCUCGAAGCUGCGUGAUGAGCAAGGUGAAGCUACACGACACUUGGAAGACCAAAAAGCCACGUUGGAAUCGGAAAUCACUCGCCUCAAGGAUGACAACGAGAGACAGAUUGCCGCUGCGCAAUUCCACCAAGAGGACCUGAAAGCUCAGGCUGAAAUCGCUCAGCACGCCCAACAAAACUAUGAGACUGAGUUGGUCAAGCAUGCUGAAGCUGCCAAAAACCUUCAAACAGUUCGUGCUGACGCCAAUCAACUCAAACUUGAGAUGGUUGAAUUGCGAACACAAUCUGAAACCUAUAAGAAGGAUUUGAGUCAAAAGGAGGAGAGUUGGGCAGAGCAAAGAGCUCGUUACGAGAGUGAGAUGAGUGAGUUGCAUAAACGCCGUGAGGAAGUCCUCCACCAGAACUCUGUAUUGCAUACCCAACUUGAGAAUAUCAGCACACAAAUUUCUUCUCUUCAGCGUGACCGUACAACCGCCGCCGAAGAUGACGAUAACAGUGAAGAUCAGUCCGCUCCAAACCUGGAAGGUCUUCAAGAAGUCAUCAAGUUCCUGCGCCGAGAGAAAGAAAUCGUGGAAGUUCAAUACCAUCUCUCCACACAAGAAGGAAAGCGGUUACGCCAACAAUUCGAAUAUACUCAAUCUCAGCUCGAUGAAACCCGACUCAAACUUGAGCAGCAACGACGAGCUGCAGCCGAUACCGAACACAAUGCCCUCAACCAUAACAAGCUUAUGGAGACACUCGAGGAGCUCAACCUUUUCCGUGAGAGCAGUGUCACCCUCCGCAAUCAGGUCAAGUCGACAGAAACUGCCCUUGCCGAGAAGACUGCUCUGCUCAGUGAGCUUCGUGAGAAGAUCGAGCCUCUGGAGACUAAGAUUUAUGAAUUGGAGGGCAAUCUAGAAGCCAAGGAUGGAGAGAUUCAGUUGCUACAAAAGGAUCGUGAACAGUACCAGCAACGUAUCCAAAAUAUUCUUCAGAAGUACGAUCGUGUGGAUCCAGCUGAGAUGGAGGCCCUCAAGGAAAAGCUCGCUUCUUUGGAGACGGAACGCGACGAAGCUACGGCAGCACGAGAUGAGAUUCAAACGCAGAAAGCGGCUAUCGAGGUUCAGAUUCAAAACCACGAGGCUGAUAUUGCAAGUCGUCUGUCGGAGCAAAGAAACAAGCUUAGCGAACAAUUCAAGGCUCGUUCUAGGGACCUUUCUGGACGUGUCAAUGCCAAGGCCACUGAAUUGGCUGUUGCCGUGCAGGAGAAGGAAGCUCUUGAGGAGCAGCUCAGUAAGACAAAGUCCGAGCUAGAGAGCUGCAAGGCCAGUCUUGCCAAUUCCUCUACUGCAGCUGCCGCCGCUGCCGGCGCCGCUGCAGACACUGCAGCCGGUCUUCCAGAGCCAAGUGCCCCAACAACUAUACCCGAGGCAACAUCUGAGACUGCCCCGGUGAACCCAACCCCCGCUUCCCAGUUCCCCACCGCUACAACCUCCGUUGCUGUUCCUGGCGAUGAAAAGAAGAUCAAAGAGCUUGAAGAGAAGAUCCAACGUUUGGAGGCUGCCUUGGUCAAAAAGGAUGGCCUUCUUAGUGCCCAGGAUGCCGAUUUGCAAGCCAAGAUCAAGGAGCGUGUCGACAAGGUGAAGGAGAUUGGCAAUGCCAAACUAGCAGAAAUUCGUGCUGCCCAUCAGCAAGAAAUUAGUAAGCUUUCUUCUACUGGAGAUCAAACUGCUGCACCUGAUGCACCUGCUGUACCUGAUGCAUCUGCUGCACCUGCUUCACCUGGAGCUGCUACGACUGCACCCGCUACGCCAUCCAAGACAUGGGUGAUGCCCGACUUGACUGACACACAAGCGCGAGAAUUAGUGGCCAAAAACCCAACUAUUCGGACUAUUGUGCGAAACAACAUCCUUGCCCAGGUGGCCAAGGAGAAGGCGAAUGUACAAGCCCAAGCUCAAGCUCAGGGCUCACCUAAUGUCAACCAGGAAGCAUUGGCAGCCAUGGAAACCAAAUUCAACGAAGAACGAGAGGCCCUCAAGAAGGCUCAUGACGCAGAGCUUGGCGAGAAAGUCAAAUCUGCCGUUGAAUUGAACGACAAAAAAUACGCUGCUCGUCUAAGUAUGGGCGAAACUCGAUUCAAGUCUGCUCAGGCCAAGGUCGAGGUUGUUCAAAAAGCAGCUCAAGACACACCCCAGAAACCCGUUGUUGAAGUUUGGGAGGUUGCCAAGAGUGCACGACCUGCACCUGCUGCGCCAAAACCGCUCGCAGCAGCCUCACCUGCUCCAGCAUCCCCUGCCCCUGCUACUGCACAGGUAACACCACCUACGGCAUCUCCUGCUCCGACCCCCGUGCAGCCCAAUAACCAAACAGCCGCACCUCUAGCUCAAGCUCCCGUUCAAGCUCCAACUCCAGCUCCAGCUCCGGCUCCGGUUCCCGCUCCGGCAACCGAAGAGCAGGUGCAAGCAGUGGCGCAAGAGAGUGAUGCUCAACCCACACAACAGCCGACACAACAAAACGACCAACAAGGAAAGCAGCCUGCUUCUUUGCCAACAAAGCCCCCAGCUAAUACUCCACCUGGAAUGCUCCGAGCCCUUCAGUCAGGAUUGCCAAUUGCACGAGGCGCGCGUGGUGGUCGUGGCGGCGCCCAAAACCAAUCGGGCCAUGCUCAGCAACAGAACGAUCAGCAGCAAGCACAAGGACAAGCUCAACCUCAAACCCAACGUGGCGGUGGCGCUCAACGAGGCCGGGGUCGUGGCCGUGGACAGAAUGCUGGGCCCCAAAACCAAGGCCAGGGUGGUGCCGCCACUCGCGGUGCAUUGAAUAUACAGGCCCGUCAAUUCAUUCCCACAGGCAAUAAGCGAUCUCGGGAAGAGGGUUCGGAUGCGACAGCCAAUGACGCUACUGGCGGGAAACGCAUGCGCGGUGGAGGUGGUCAAGCUCGAGGAGGAGGUUCAUCCUAG